UUCGUCUGUUGGCAAGAAUUGAUUCUUCCUUCACCCAAUAUGAUUAUGCUGCAGCGCAUGUUGGUCCUCGAAAUGAUCUCAAUAGCUUUUUGCUAUCCCCAUUUCCAGGUGUCACAGAAGCCUCAACGCAUUAUUCGGAAUUUCGGUGAAAACAUAACCAUCACUUGUGCUUUCAGUAUUCUGUCUGAUGAUUCAGAGGUGAGAGUCUUCUGGUGGAAACUUGGCGAUAAAGCACUUCUGCAUCCUAUCUCCGAGGCUAGGAAACAGCAUUUUAAGAGAAAGGGCCAGGGCACCUUACAGCUCAUUGACAUCCGUCUUGAAGAUGCUGGAGUUUAUUACUGCGGAGUUAGUCGAAAUAGCGGGACGAUUAUCAACGGGACUGGAACUGCACUUGUUGUCUACCAUCCACCAUCUACCCCUACCAUACUUUCCAAAACACCUGAUGGAAAUUCAGACGUCUAUCUACGUCUCGUAUGUGAAACAGUUGACUUUUACCCAGCGACGAUUGCAUUCAACUGGUACAAAAAUACAAGCAAGAUUGUCACCGGGAUAAAAACAACACAGAACUUGACCGAUGCGGGGCUUUAUCGAGCUUUCAGUACUCUACAGGAAUCACAGCCGAUCCAGAAAGGCACCCCUUAUGUUUGUUUGGUAUCUCACAAUGCUACCCGGAGUUGGAAAUUGUCUGUUUAUUUGAUGUCAAGUUCGACCUCAGGCAUUGACAUUAAUUUUGACAUUUUGGCGAUUGGGUGCGCAGUCAGCGGACUUGUCUGUCUCUUGCUGGUGGCCGUCAUUGGAAAGCGAUGCAAGUUAAGUUCAUGCAAAGGGACAAAUCAAGAUGCACCUCGACCAUGCGAAGAAAUGACGUUGGAAGUAACCGAAGAUAGCAACUUGGGUUAUGCAGCUCUCAAUGCGUUCAGUUCCGAGAAAAGACAGACGCACAGAAAACAGGAUAAUUGUACACAUUAUGCUGCAAUUAAGACAGGCAUGGAUGCAGUGCGCAAUUCGUCUGCAGAAAUUUAG